UUUAAGGUUAACUCUUAUUAAUGCUCACAAUGCCUUCUUAUUUACUACAUAUUUACUGGGAAUCUGGGCGAAUGUAAAUGGAUAAAUAAAAUCAGACAAUUUUGGUGAGGUAGCUUUAAUUAAAGUAUUAACAUCAGAAGGCUGGGCAGAUUGCCAAUAUAUUAAAAACAUCUAUGGCUAAAGUAGCAAAAAUAAUCUUUAAAAUUCCUUGCAAAAUAGUUGGAGGUUUAGUAACAUUUCUCCACUCUACUAUCUACCAUUUUAGUAGGGAAAUAAAAUAUAAAUGCAGCUAAAAAUGAAUUCGGGCCCAAACCCACAUCCUAUCUAACGGGCUGAGGUUUUCCUGUCAUUGUUUUCUAUCCUUCACAUUUUGUAUUCUUUAGGACUGCCUCUUAACAGUUCUUGGUGCUUAAAUAUAAAAGAAAUAGGGCUUUCUCAUAUUACAAUCUCAAGAAAAAGGAGGCUGAAACGCCCAUUCGGCUAGGUGCAAGAGGCCUACAGGCUGCACACCUUGCAAGCGCUUCGUGAUGCAAUUUUAUUCACGUUUUUUUGUGUAGCUCCUUUUUUUUUUUCUGAUGAUGCAAAUCGUGCAAGCACGGCUUUAAAUUCUCCCCAUCCUGGGAAACAUGGCAUAGACGGCCGGUUUCUCCAACGAGCAGCCCCAGGCUGCAGGCCUCCAUGCCCGCCCCCGAGCCCGCUCCACAACAAUCGUUUCCUCUCUCCCCGCCUUUUACAUACAGUACACAUACAAAUACACACGCAGCGCAGCCAGCCGGGGCGGGCCGGGGCGGACCACUGCGUAAAGCGCAGGGGGAGCCGCAAGCAGGUCAGGUAUUUUCGCCGACUCCUUCACGCUUUGGCACCCGUGCGUCUCUGCGGCUGCCUGUGGUUGUCAGGCCAAAGGGCGCCCGUGGGCCCGGGGUCUGCAUAAGCUCCGCUUCCGAGCCGCAGGCUUCCGGGGGCUGCAGCCCCACCCCCGGCUCGGGCAGCAGAUGGUCCCGCCCCAGCGCUAGCGGGCGCCGAGCGGGAGCCGCGCGGGAGCGGCGUAGCGACGGCGGC